AUGGGUCUUAUCUCAGAUACGAAACAAGCAAUUCGGGAUUCUCCAAAGGGGAUCUUCAAUUGGUAUGUUUUUGCGUGUACAUGCAUCUUCGCUUUCCCAGGAGUUGCGAAGGGUUUCGACGAAGGAAAUAUCGCCUCGAUCGUUGUCCAGUCGCACUUCAUGAAAGUCUUUGGACUGAAUCAACAAUCCGAAGCGGAAUAUGCAAACACAAAAGGAUGGAUUGUUUCAAUCGCCACGGCAGGAGCGGUCUUUGGAUGUUUUGGAUGUCUUCCAAUUACUGAUCGAUUCGGCCGACGAUGGGCUUUAUCUCUCGCGACGAUUAUCUAUAUGGCAGGAGUGCUAGGUCAGGGGCUCAAUGGAGGCAGUCUCCCAGGGCUUUAUGCUUCGAGAUUUGUCUCCGGUAUUGGAAUCGGUGCGACUACUGUGAUUCCGCCAAUGUACAUUGCAGAGAUUGCACCAAAGGCUAUCAGAGGCCUUUUGACUUUACAGUAUGCAGCAUGUCAGCAGUUAGGUGUUGUUUUCGGCUUCUUUAUCAAUUAUGGCGUCACGAAGGCAUACUCCGGGUCGGACAAACAGUGGAUGCUCCCCACGCUAUUGCAACUACUCCCGGCAGUUGUUUGGGGUGUCGGUAUCUUCCUUUGUCCAGAAUCACCACGCUGGCUUUUGUAUACGGGUCAGCGCGAACAGGCGAUAGAUACGCUCUCAAAGCUACGCCAUCUUCCUACCGACCAUGCAGCUCUACAAGCCGAGAUAUCCAUGAUGGAUGCCAGGAUUCUCCACGAGACAGAGUCGGUCGGCGGUUCAAGUCAAUGGGAUCUUCUCAAGGAAACUCUCAUUCCCAUCGAGAACAGACGUCGAUUUUUUCUUAUAUUCAUGGCCACGCUAUUCUCACAGUGGUCUGGAGCUAACGCGAUCACGCAGUAUUCACCAACCAUCUUUGGUUAUCUUGGCAUCAACGGGGAUGAGUCGAAGUUUCUCGCUACGGGCAUUUAUGCAGUGGUCAAAUUCGUCAGCACGCUUGCCUUUGCUUUAUUUGUCGUCGACUUCAUCGGUCGACGUCGCUCUUUGCUCACUGGCAUCAUCUUGCAAAUCGUUACCUUGGCUUACGUGGGCGGUUACCUAGGAGCGACUAAAGGCUUCAGCGCGGACCGCAUCAGCAGCGAUCCUCAAAUUUCCAGAGCAUCAACGGGGGCUAUCGUGGCUAUCUAUCUACAUGCCGUGGCGUGGAGUAUUGGCUGGUUCAGCAUUCCCUACCUGAUUGGGUCGGAGAUCUUCCCGACAAGGAUAAGGUCCUUCAACAUGUCCAUCGCUAUGGGCUUUCAUUGGGCAUUCUAUUUCGGCUGCUCUCGGGCUAUGCCCAGUCUCCUUGCUGCGAGUCAGAAGUGGGGUGCCUUUGUGUUUUUUGUUUGUAUUUGUCUGAUGUCGCUGGUCUAUGUCUACUUCGCCAUGCCGGAUACCACCGGACGGUCACUGGACGCUCUAGACAGUUUAUUCCAGAGGCCAUGGUAUACUGUGCACAAGGUCGCGUAUGCCAAGCAUGACGAAAUCCAGAUCGAACAAGUGGGCAAGUUGCAGGUCAAGCACGUCGAGUCGGCUUGA